CCACAUUGCGCGCCAAUGGCCACGAGAAUAGUCAACCCCGCCAUUUUCCCGUCUUCCACAUUUCUUCUAAGAUCUCUACUCUCACAGCCAUCUCGUCUGCAACUUCGAGCAACCCCUUUCUCUGCGAAACUAACACGAAAGCUGCACAUAGACAGACACUCACAAGAUAAAGAAGCGAAAAUGGAUCAGACGGGGGAACGCUACAGUAAAGAAGCAAACGACUUUAAUACUAAGCCUAAGACUACGGGGUUAUCAGAGACAAUAAUGCCCCAUAUUCUCAACUUAUAUGCCUCCCGUGCCACUCCCCGCGAUUUUGAUAUUUAUGCUGAAAAUGCUGCUUUUGAAGAUCCACUUACGUCUGCUAAUGGGUUACAGCAGAUUAAAUCAGCAUUUUAUUCAAUCCCCAAGGUUUUCAAGGAAUCUAGAAUUGUUGAAUACACUGUGAAAGAAAAUGAAGUAUCACCUGGGAAACAUGAGAUCUUAGUCGAUAGCAAACAAUACUACAAGUUCUUGGGAAAGGAUGUCGAUUUAGUUUCACUCAUUAAGCUGUAUAUUGAGAAUGGUAAAGUCGUUCGUCAUGAGGACUGGUGGGACAAGAAGCCUCCCAGGAGCAGGGAGACGGAAAAGAUUCCGAUGUUUGGGAGAGCCAUGGAAGUAAUGCGAAGGGGAGCCAUGUUGACAAUCCAUGCUAUGAUGGGGUUCGGGAAGGAUCCCCAGCCCGAAACUUGAUCCAAUGUCAAUGCAGAGAAACUAAACAUCAUAUGAAUAAAGAUGCAUAUUAUUGCUCCAAACUAGGAUAGCUUUUGUUUGUGUAUUCAUGAACAACAAUAUUGCAGCAGUUUUCUGCAUGUAUAAGAAGCAAUUCAUCAUGCCGAUCACUCGUAGUACUAUUGUGAAAUUACUUGCGAAGAAGCAUAUUAUGAUAAGAUAGUUGUUUUGCAAUAA